AAAAUAAAAUAAUGUAAUUAAAGGAAAAGUAUUUGUACUUACAUAAUAAUUAGAGGUAACCAAAUUUUAUCUUUCAAGCUCAGAUUAUCGUAAAUUUAGUUAAGUAUCAUACUCGUUUGUGUUACAAGCUUUCAAUUUACUGUAAUGUGAAUGAAGUGUCGGAAGGUGUUGAAGACCACUUAAUACUAUCAUCACAUUAAAAAUGCAGAUAACCGAUCUUCCCGUGGAAAUUGUCGUGGUUAUCGUUAAAAAGUUAGACAUUAAAUCGGUCCAUAAUUUAUAUGAGACAUGUUCGUAUUUUAAGAAUGUUAUUUGUAUGUAUAGUGUAGUGAAAACUGCUAAAUUGGCGCUAAGUACAGCAGGGUCCGUGCAUUUUUUAAAACAAACUUUUAUGAAGGAUAUAUCAAGAUUUCUGCAGACUCUGGACUUGCGUGGCAUCGGUGACCUCAGAAGGUCGGCACUGCAGGCUGCCGUCCGAGAGAUGAAGUGCUUAAUCACUCUUGAUGUUUCCUACACAAAUAUUGAUCUUCUUGAUUUUUAUGAAGUAUAUAAAGUAUGUCCAACCAUUAAGAAUGUUGCUUGUAACUUUGUGUUUCAUACCAAAAAAGAUAUAAAAGCUCAAGACAUUGAAUGGCAAGGUGUUUUCCAAAACUUUGACAAAGUCCAUUUUGUUGGGAAUGCAGCAAAUCUAUGGUAUUCAAAUUUAUGUGUGUGGAUGUUGGCCAAGGCAUGUCUGAGUCAGUUGCAACUCACUAUUAUUGAAAAAUUUGGCACAGCACUUGUACCAGUGAUAAAAGAAAAUGAUACAAAUGUACAUUCCAAAUACAUAAGCAUUUGCAUUUUGGAUCUAUGGAAUAUACCCACAUUAUCUGAGACAACAUUCGCUCUGCCAAGUUUAUUACGUUUAGAAAAUAUAUAUGAAUGUGUUGUAAUUAUUAAAUAUGGCCAGAAUGGUGAAGUUUAUGCAUCUCCAAUGUUGAUGAAGUUUUUAGAAUGUUAUAAUGCAAUGUGCAUCAAACAGUUGGAUGCAUCUAAACAUGUCACCAAUGGUGUCAUUAUGCUCUGGAAUAAAUCACAAACUAUAUUUGAUGAUAUGUUCUUUAAAGAACUUAAAGGUAAAAUGAUGAAGCUUCUGCCACACCACAUUACAGAUAACAAUACUGUUGUCCCGCAGGAAUAUGAUUACUGUUUCCUUACUGUUCCUUCAUGUCAAACAAAAGCUAAUGAUUCAAAUAAUGUUACCUUUAAGAAGCAAAGACUUGCACCUGAGUGUCCUACUCUUGAUUAUGAUACUGUUUUCAGCAACCAUAAAACAAUACAUCUAACUAUGUUUUUCCCGAGCAGCACCAACAUCCCAGUGACUCUAUCCCUACGCAGCCAGUAUUUAAGAAAAUUAAAAUCUCUAUACUUGACGGGAAAUGUCAUGUAUUCAAUGAAUUUCUUCAGUGUUUUGUUCAGUUGUUGUGAGCAGUUGGAAACAUUAAAUGUAGAAGCCUCACCUUAUCUACACCAUUUGGUUGUGUUGCGAGAUAUAUCACAGAGUCAUAGUUUAAAAAAUUUGAGAUUAAUCAAUAAACACAGUCAUUUAGAAGUAAUGUUUUCAUAUUUAAGUAAAUGUAGUACUCUAGAGAAUAUUCACAUAGUAGAUUUCCACUCGCAUGUCAACACCUUCGCUGACCCGAGCCCUUUGUUUGAGAGGUGUCACAAUUUGUACUGUAUAAGUAUAUGUGCUGACCUGUCCGACUCUGCAAUAACGAGAGCAAACCAAUUAUUCAAAAAACUAAAAACUACCUAUGGCAAAUGGCAUGUGCAUGUAGCAUUGUCGAGGAACCACUGUCUUAUUGACAAGUACAAUCCCUAUUCCCAUGUCUUCAAUUUAUCUUCAUUUAAACCAAUAGAGCAAUUGUACUAAUGUUUCUGGUUAUCAAAUAUCUAUUUAUAAAUCAUGUUUUUAUUUACAAGAGUUUUA